GCUGCGCUCUGCACGCCCGUUAUCCGCUGACUAGCCGGCCUCGCUUCCCGUGAAGACUAUGGUGGCCAAGCAGAGGAUCCGGAUGGCCAACGAGAAACACAGCAAAAACAUCACACAGAGAGGAAACGUGGCCAAGACCCUGAGACCACAAGAAGAGAAAUAUCCUGUAGGACCUUGGCUACUGGCACUGUUUGUUUUUGUUGUCUGUGGAUCAGCAAUUUUUCAAAUUAUUCAGAGCAUCAGGAUGGGUAUGUGAAGGAAGAAAUGAAAAAGCAGGACGUCUGGACAUUUGCCUUAUCUUAGCAGUCAUAGCGGACAAAGCCACAGGUGUGAGUUGGUAGACGUCUUGGGACCCCUUCAGUUAUGUUGUCCCUAUGGAGUUUACCUUAAAGAAGGAAAUGCCUGAGGACCAUGUCCUUAAUCUUGUUGAGCUUAAUCGUCAGCAACUGCUCCAAGGAAGGACUUAAUUAUUUUCUUAAUAUGUGUCAGCCGAUGUAUAUCAGUUGACUGUUGCCAUAAUCAUUAUUUAUUUAUUGAUUUAUUUAUUUACUUAUUUAUCUAGUCUGUGUUUUUUUAAUCUAUUUAUUAGAUAUGGAUGAGAAGGUUUGUGGCCAGUAUGUUAAAUGAAUCCAUUAGGCUAUGUUCAUGCAGUGUGACUAAAAACAUGCAGUUCUUAGGAAAUGCUGCAAUAAAAAAAGAAUUGCAGCAUGUCCUAUCCCUCACUUGUAGGGGGAAA